AUUAUAUAUACAUUUAUGUACAUAUGUACAUACAUAACUAUAAACGAGGCUUUGGGAGUGUUUAAAAGAAAUCAAAUUCAAUACUAGAUUCAUGCGGCUUCAUCAACUGAAAAGCAACACGAGUCUUCUUGCUGGUAGUAGAUUUUUCUGAUUAAAAUGUAUGCUAAUAGCACGGGCAGAUAUGCUGACUUGGAUAAGGAAUAUUCACCUACGAAAAAUUCGAAACGUUUUUUAAAUACGGCACAACCUGAUAUAGUUGUCAUAGAACAGUUUUUGAAAACUACUACGGAGCAAACUCAAAAUGCACGCAAAAAGUAUAUAGUACGGGAGAGCGUAACCUAUAGAAAAAAUAAUUUCAAUGCGAGUACUGUUGAUAACCAAGUGGUAGACAUUUACUAUAAGGAUAAGGAGCACGGCUCUCCAAUUUUUGUUUAUAUACACGGCGGAUACUGGCAAGAGUUGGAUAGACACACUUCCGGCUCAUUCGUGGAACCGCUGGUCGAACAAGGUUACCGCGUAAUCGCCGCAGACUAUAAUUUAUGCCCCACAGUAACUCUACAUGGGAUUAAUGAGCAAAUAAAUGAUUUCUAUGAGUGGUUAUUUCGAUAUGCAAACGAUACACAAGCUAGCAAAAUCUCAAUUAGUGGCCACUCAGCAGGUGCCUACUUGUCAACUCUAUUAUUUAAUAAGAGGAUUGAAAAUUGGCCAGGUACUGAACGUAUAGAUUCAUUUUUUCUAAUAAGCGGAAUUUUUGAUUUACGCGAGUGCUGGAGUUUGCCGAGUGUCAAUCCGAUGAAUAUUUUGAAUUUAGAUGAAACUAGCUCGAAAGCAUUGUCGCCAAUUUGCUGGGAACUAGAUUUGGAAUUCAUUGAGUUUGCCAAACGAGUAAAUCUACAGGUUUACGUCAUAGCAGCGGAAAACGACAGUGAUACAUUUAAAGGUCAAUCUUUAGCUUAUGCAAAGAAAUUAGAGAAGCAUGGACUUCAAAUAGAAUUGAAAAUAUUUCAUUCACAAACUUGUGUUAAAACGAUCUAA